CCUCCUGGGAAAAGAAGGCGACGCCGCCGUGGGAAGCCGACGGCGGCCGCGCGGAGGGCGCGUUGUCUUGGUUACCGCUAACGAGCUCGCGCUGGCGUGGACGUAGCGGCGCGCGGCGGUUAGCAAAGACGAGCGGCCAACUUUCUCCGAGCAGCUCUGCUCGCACCGGAUAACGGUCCAGACGUUAUUGACUUCACAGACGGGGAAAACCAUGAUCUGAGGGGUUCCUGUCUGCAUGUUCUCUGCUGGUGGCCUCACGAGCGUCAGUCAUGUCUCAAUCUGAAUUUGUGUGCGACUGGUUAUGUGUGCUUCGACUGGAGCAAUAUUCAGAGGCAUUUCAAAACGCCGGACUCACAACAUUACAACAAUGCCGCAGUCUCACCCCAGAUCAGCUGGAGCAGAUGGGCAUCACCCUGCCGGGUCACCAGAGGCGCAUCCUGGCCAGUCUGAGCAAAACACAUGGUAAUUGCGAUACGCAGUCUGAUACAUACUGUCGUAGUGCACACUGUGACACUCAGAGACUAGAGGGAAAAGGUCACUACCAAGUGUUGCACAGACAGACACUCUCUCCUUCCCCAGUGGAAGAAAAGCCUGUUCCUAGGCAAAGGGACGGAGAGGUCAUGAGACCAGUGCCCAGAGAACGAGAAAGACCCGUUCCCAGGGAGCGACACGUCUCCAGGAUAAAAGAGGAAGGAGCUGAGGAGGCAGGAGAGAAGAAGCCAGUUACUGAACAAAGACAAAUGGCUCCUAGACUAGUUAAGGAGGAAGAGACAAAUGGAGGAGUAGAUGGAAUAAAAGAGAAGCCCUUACCUAAACAGAGGACUAAGUUUCUCCCCAAUGCUCCUGUGGAUUAUCCCCCGAUCCCCAAUGCGUCUUCAGCGUCUGACUAUUUACCCCCCGUGCCCCCACGAAGCUCCCCUAACUGCCCCCCGCAGCGCUUCACCCCCACCAUGAGCCCCUCGCCUUCCCCUCGAGCCCCAAGCUACCCCAAGCUAGAUGUGGUCACAGCGCCAACAGUGCAGAGCCGGUGUGUGACUGAGAGCUCACCCCCCACCGCCAUCACUACCCACACCCCCGCACAGAUUCGACCUCAGACAUUAGAAAUUCAGCCGCAUGCCUUUUCUCUGGAUGCUGGAAAGAGUUCACCCAUCUUAACUACUGCUUCCCCCAGUGAGAGAAAUGUACCACCGCUACCUCCAAAAGUAGGGGUUGGUGCUAAAGGCCAACCCCUAUCAACCCCUUCAACUCCUUCAACCCACAGCCCCCUUUCUAGCAGGACGGCUGCUGAUGACCUGCACCAGGAACAAACUCCACAGGUCCCACCGCGCAGCAGGAAACCCCAAACUCAAGAAAACACACAGCAGUCGAGUCAGCUGCCUGCUAGGAAGACCCGCCAACCCCCCCAAACCACCUGUGACCUGACCUUGGAUUCGCAUGAUAGUUCUGAUGACUAUGAGGAUCCUGACUUGUUUUGUCCUGUUGUUCAUCGCAUGAACAAAUCAGCCAUAAACAUGUCCCUGAAUGUUCCCAGUCAGGAAAAGGUGCGGAAAAAUUCUUUAUACAGUGAUGAUGAGUUCUUGGAUGAAGACGAACCUGUCCAAUGGCCAGAUGAGGGCAUCAACAGCCAAGGCAGUGUCUACCUGCCAAACACUGGUAGCCAGGCUUCACCCACUAAAGCAGAAUCCUCUGAGCUUGUUGCUGUCAUCAAGAGUGGCUGGCUGGAAAAGAAUCCGCCUCAGGGGAGCAUUUAUUAUCAAAAACGCUGGGUGAAGCUUGAUGUUGACUACCUGAGAUACUUUAACAAUGAGAAGGAUAUGUAUUCUAAGGGGCUCAUCUCAACAGCCUUCAUCACUAAUGUGACCUCUGUGGGGGAGCUCAAAUUUGAAGUGGCUACAAAUAACCGGAUAUUCACAUUCAAGGCUGAAAGUGAAGCUGAAAGAAACGAGUGGGUGGAGGUACUACAGGACUGUACCAGGGGGCGCAGUCUUAGCAGCAGCACCAUGAAUCCCGGUUCACCAUUAACCCCAAACUAUCAGGGCUUUCUGGAACUCAAAGGAUUACGCUCUAAACUUUAUACUGUUGUCGCCUCAGAUAAGGUCUUCCUGUACAAAAACGUUGAAGACUAUCGUAUUGGCAUCGGUAUCACAUCCAUUGAGAUGAAUGUAGGAAAUAUUAAAGAUACAGAUCGUCGUAGCUUUUAUCUCACAACCCCAUACCGCACUUUCAGCUUCUUAGCGGAGUCGGAGCAGCUGAAGGAACAGUGGGUGGAUGCCAUGAGGAGCGCCAUAGGUGAGGCUCUGUCCAACAGUGAGGUAGCGGAGCGGAUCUGGGCGGAGCCUAGCAACAGUUUCUGUGCAGAUUGUGGGGCUCCCACUCCGGAAUGGGCAGCCGUCAACUUGUGUGUGGUGAUCUGCAAACGAUGCGCAGGGGAGCAUAGAGGACUAGGUCCAAGCAUUUCAAAGGUUCGAAGUCUAAAAAUGGACAGAAAGAUUUGGACAGAGGAGCUUAUACAGCUGUUUUUGUUGCUAGGCAACGACCGUGUAAACAGUUUCUGGGCAGCUAAUGUCCCACCAAGUGAGGCCUUGACACCUUCUAGCUGCAGUGAAGAGCGACGGCGCUUCAUCAAUAACAAAUACCGCCAAGGCAAAUACAGGAAGUACCAUCCUUUGUAUGGAAACCAGACUGAGCUCAACAAUGCUCUGUGCCUUUGUGUGCAGUGCAGCGACGUACUAGAGACCUUGCGCCUCAUUUUCUGUGGUGCGGAUGUAAACUGUUCGACUGGUAUGACAUCUUGGCCCACCCCUCUCUCUCUGGCCCACGAACACUCCCAAACCUUGCAGGCUGAGUUAAUUAGCCACAAUCUUAACACAGAGCUACCAAGAUUAGACGUAUGUGGAGACAUGGAGACGAAACAUUACACACUACAGCAUUGUGUAUCCCAUAGUGGCUUCCUUUUUAAAACUGGAUCCAUGGCUCGAGCCCCAGAGCGAAAGGCCAGAGAGGAGUUUAGUCGUCGCUGGUGCACGCUGAAUGAUGGCACCUUCAGCUACUAUGAGAACGACAAGAACUCAAACCCUAAUGGUGCACUGAAGUCUUCAGAGAUAGCCUGUUUGGCCGUAGACCCACCUGGGAAACAUGGGUAUGACAAUACUUUUGAAAUCUAUUCUGAGGCAGAGCGUCUCUAUCUGUUUGGCACUGAUGACCCUGACAGCCACAAGGAAUGGGUCAAGUCUAUUGCCAAGAGCUUGAUUCCGGCCUCCGCGGAGCCUCUACUGAGGUUGAGCUUCGACCGAAUCGGGCGGCUGAAGUACAAAGAUGGUUUGAACCUGCAGACAUCCAAAGUUGGUUGGUUUGCUCUAGUGGGCUCCACCCUUCACAUCUACCUGGAGCAGAGCCAGGGGGAGGAGAUCCAUCUGCGUAAACUUAACGAACUCUCAAUUCAACAAGACAAUGAGGUGCUAGUUUUGGUUGAAAAGGGCAGGACCCUGUACAUAGAGGGAGAGAGAAAGUUGGACUUUUCUGGAUGGUGCAGUGCCAUCCAGACAGCAGCUGGAAGUGGAGGAGCCACACUGAGCCAGCAGCAGCUCACGGAGACAGACAUACCCAUCAUAGUUCACAGCUGCAUUGACUACAUCACACAGUGUGGUUUAACAUCUGAGGGGAUAUAUCGCAAGAGCGGCGUGAACUCCCGCGUCGCAGCUCUGUGUGACAGAUUCCGUCACGAUGCUCGCAGUUUCCGUCUGAAGGAGGCUGAGCACCAGGUGGAUGAUGUCUCCAACACACUCAAGCGCUUCUUCAGGGAGUUAGAAGAAGGGCUGUUCACUUCAGAGGAUGCCAGAAUCUGGCUCAGUACUGCUGGGAUUGAGGAUGAAAGUAGGAAAAUCUCCCAGUAUAUGCAGCUGUUGAACAGACUUCCUCGUGUCAACAAGGCAACACUACAAGCCCUGAUCACCCACCUCUACUGUGUGCAGCGGUUUUCUGAUAAGAACCAGAUGAACAUUCAUAACCUCGCGAUAGUGUUUGGCCCCACGUUGUUCCAGACCGAUGGGAAGGACUACACUGCAGGCCGUGCAGUAGAGGACCUUAUACAGCACUAUACCACCAUCUUUGAGGUGGGAGAGCAGCAGCUAAAAAAGCAACUAGACGAGAUCCACGCUAUUCAGUUAGUGCGGGCGACACGAAGCACAAAAUUUCCUGGCACUGAACCUGGAGGGCACUUCAUCUGCACAGUGUAUCUGGAGGAAAAGAAGGCAGAUGGAGAGCAACACGUACAGAUCCCUGGUUCCAUGACAGCAGCAGAACUGAUCUUUGAGGUUCUGGACAAACGCAACAUCACAGCUAAAGACAAAGAUUAUUGGACCUGCUGGGAGGUCAGCGACAAGGAGGAAAUGGAGCGCCCGCUGCACUAUCAGGAGCGAGUCUUACCCAUACUUCACUCCUUGGGCACCGACUCCCACCUGCUCAUUAAGAAAUACCAUGCUAUGGAUGCAAUGAUUAGCUACCUUGCCAAUAAAGGAGAUCCGUCCACGCAUGGACUGAUCAAAUUCAGAGAUGAGCGGAACCUCCUGGGAUUGGGAACUUUCCAUGACAGAUAUUUCAUCCUUAAUUCCAGCUCACUCAGAAUGUACAAGGAUGUCAGAAGUAACCGUCCAGAGCGGGAUUGGCCAGUAAAAAGCCUGAAGGUUUACGUAGGUAUCAAGAAGAAACUCCGUCCGCCCACAUGUUGGGGACUAACAGUGAUUUAUGAGAGCAAGAAACAAGAGAAGUCGGAUAAACAGCAGUGGUAUCUCUGCCAUGAGACCCAGACAGAAAUGAGGGAGUGGUACGCUAGUUUUCUGAGUAUCCAGAGCGACGGCAACGUGUGGCCUCAGAACGGACUCCAGCUGACACGGGCGAGCCGUGUCCUGCCGGAAUCGCGUCAUGGUAAUGUGUCACUGAUACCGCUGCGCGGCAGUGAGAAUGAGAUGCGGAACAGCGUCGCAGCUUUCAGCCAGGACCCGCUUGCUAUGUGUAGAGAUGUUCGAUAAAGGUUGCUGCGAACCAGGAAGCAAAGGUGCAGUGUGCUUAAGGACGCAACCCCUAACCAUUCCAGUGAUGUCAUCAUUUGUGACUGAACAGCCUACAGUGACACUCAGGCACUCAUACUGUAUUUGGACUUUGACCUUACACUGUCAUCCUCUCUUUUGAAUCGCAUAGUCCAUGAAGUUGGGGUCUCACCUUAACUAGAACCCACAAUGAUUUCCUUCCACACAUGAAUUUCCUGUGCUGUAAAAUAGAAGAUACUAUGGCAUUAAAAAGGAGUUACUGUACAGUUUGAUCCAUCCCUCCUUUACAUGCAGCACGCUGCAUGCAGUGUUCAACUAGUCAGUGGUAUGUGGUUCAGCCACUGCAAUGAAUGGACAGAACCAUGAAGGACUGAGAACGAGCCUACUGUAGGUCAGGUUGUGUUGUUUUUUAGAGAAUAAAGGUUUAUUGCCACACAGUUGUACAGAAGCUGAUAUUUCUAAUAUUGUAAUGUUUUUAGCUUUUCUGUACUAUUGUUCUAUAGUUUGAAGUUCAAUUAAAUCCUUGCUAUUGUGGGCAAUGAUGAGACUGUUGCCUGAUGCAGUAUGUGACUGUCACCGCUGGGACCAGGGACUGGGGCCAAGAUGGAUCGGUUUCUGUUACUGUCCAAAACCUCGGACAAAGGUGCAUAUUUAUUCUUGUGUGCAACAUUUGUAAACGUGUCCUUUUUUUAAGUGUUUUAUCUUCGUCUGAAAUGUUUUGAAUAGUCUUGUUUGGGACUGAGAAGGAAAGAAGCAUGUGUCGAAGAAGGCAAAGAACAUAGGAGAGGGCAUAGGUGUUGCAAUAUUGUUCAGUAGAUGUACUGUAUAUCCUUAUUGUAAAUGAAAUAAAGUGUAGGUUCCAUUUAAAGUGCAGUUACUGAAACAUGUGCCUUUGCUCUGGUCUCAUCAGUGGAGUGACUUUCCCUCCUUGGUCUCUUUCUGCCACCUGUACUACACAGAUGAGGCUUACAUGCACUGUACAGUUUUAUUAACCAAUUUCUGUGACAUUUUAGAUGAUUUACGAUGUACGUGAAUAAAACGUGUGCAUAGAUAAAUUAAAAGUGUAAAAUGUG